AGUCGACGAUCGGUGACCAUCGUCAGGAUCGCGUGUCCCUUCCGGCGUCGUCGAAGGCCAAGCGCGAACAGGCACUCCGCAGCAUCCUCACCGCUAGGAGACGGCAGAUCUUAAGUCAACGGCCCGUCGAAUCUCGAACUCGCGCGCCGAGACCGAUCGAGGCGUCCAAGGAAUCGGACGUGCUCGAGGCUCAAGAGACCAGACACUACGUAACAGCAGCCAACAUCAAAGACGACGAAGAUGGUAAAAAAGAACCUGCGAAAGAAAUAUCCGAGUCCAACAGUCAACAAACUAUUGAAAAACCUGGAAACACGACGAACGAAAGCAAAUUAACAUCAAACUUAAAAAUCAAUUCUACUAUUUCUACUUUCUUAAAUACUCAGAAGUCUUCAGACUCGGAGACACGAAAGAAGAAAAUUGUACCCAUGCCAGAGUCCUUGUACAACUACUUCAGACCCGUGGAAAGCAACAUUCCCGUAGAGGACAUGUCACAAUUCUUGUACUUCGGUCAGAAGAUCCAACCCGAGUCUCAAAACGGCACGGGGAACAAUUCUGUGGAGGCGAGCUCGAUGCAGACGACCGCGAGUUCACGUCGAAGGUAUUCAAUGAAGAGAUUCACUUCCACGACGCCGGCGUUGCAGUCUGAAGAGAUAAUCAAUGAAGAGAUGAACAUAGCAGUGGAACGGCAGACGGUCGAGAAGAACAAAGUGUCGACGAUGAAGAAUGUAUUCAGGAGCCCGGAGAACGGGCUGCAUUACAGGAAGAAAUCGACGGAAACGUCGAACGUUAUUACGAACGAAGCAGGAAAUCGUACAGGAAUUCACGAUAACUCGUCCGCUCACGCUGAGAAGCAGCUGCACAGAGUAGCCCACGUGGAAACUGGGAAUUCGACCCAGAUACCUCAGCCAAUCAAUCAAACAGAAAGUGAGAAUUUCGACGAAUCAAAAGUCCUAAACCAGACGAAAGCCUCAACAAACCAGAAAAGGAGCGACGACCUAAAACCGACUGUCGAUUCAAACCCAGAAUUGACAGAUAAAGAAACGUCCGAUGAGCAGACAGAGAAGAUACGUCGAAUCGACAUGUACGACAUGAGCAAACCCGGCAGUUCCCGCGAGAGCAACAACAUCGAGACGUCGACCUCGAGAGAGAAGAGCCGAGCCAGCACGGAGCCGUUCCGAAUAAUUUGGACACCGCCGGAAACGUCGACGUUACGUAUAAUCGUGACCGAAGGUACGUUAGACAGGUUCGACGGUGAUCCGCGUCCCGUUAAACCAGCGGAUACCCUCGAAGAAGGAGUCCGCGUGGCACCGAAGCCAGCGCCGCAACGAUAUUCAGAUAAGACCUUUGGUAACGAGGACCCGCAUCGACACCGGGAACAACAACAGCAGCACGUGUACGCUUACACGAUAACGAACGUGACGCGGCUGUUGCGCAACUACACCGGACCUGGGUUAAGCCGAGUGGGACAAGGAGGAUUAAGCAGCGCGAGCGAGAUAACCAGCGGUCCGUCGGAUCCGCGGCGGCCGUCGCCUACCGAGAUUCCUGCUGCCGGUAGUGGCACAGAGGUGAGCCGAGGAGCGACGGCUGGUUUCAGUGCCGGCACGACCGUCGAGCGAGACGCAGACGGCGGAUCUCCAGGUGCGCGCCAGGUGGGGGAACGGGCGAGGAAAGUGGUUACAGUCGCUGGUGGCCAGUCGCAGCAACGUGCUGGGGCCGGUAGGACCUCUCAGCAGCUGACCGCGGUAAACAAGGACGGGCCGAGGCCGGCCAGGGCACAGGAACUCAGUCACAGGGGCACCGUGCGUUGGAACCACACCAGGACCUCGGAUCUGGAAGGAUUCGGGGACAGGAGGAUCCUCCGGAAGUCGGCCAGUGCCGUUUUGAACCAGAGAGCCAGCACCGAGGAGGAAGCUUCACAGGUCAAGAGAAGAAGGUUGACAAAUGUAGCUAGGAGGGUGAAGGGUAAAAGCAUAGACAGUGCUAUGAGGUCAUUCGGUGAUAAAAACACGACCGACGAUGAGGACAGGAGUUUCAGUGUCGACAUGAAUUCUACCGUCUCCACGGUUCCUUCUUACGAAGAGAACUCCACGAUGAACGUCACUGAAGAGGAUGUCACAGACGAUGUUACUAGUGUAACGGAAGCCAUCAGUGAGAGUGUGUACAAUGAUACCAAAGAGAGUGCCGCGGACAGUGCCGGAAGCGGUGAGCCGACCGUGGCAGUGACCGUCACCGAGCCGAUCGCGCCGAAACAAACCACCACCGCCGCUACGUCCAAAGAAAUGACCACGAUCCCGGCGCCAGUUUUUCCGGUCACGCCCAAGAUCGCGGAACCAGUCCAGUCGGUAGCAAAUCAGACUUUCACCAGUGACUCCGGAAACGUGACGGAAACAGUGAAAAACGGUGCUGAAAAGCGUGUGGAUUUGUCCAAUAUGGACCCAUCGGAGAUCCAGAAGAUGUACAGAGCUAAAGACGCGACGACGACGACCACCACCACCACCACGACUGCGGCUACUUCCGAUGAAGAUUCUAGAACGACGGACACGACGCCAGUGCAGAUAGAAAUGUCCACGACCCCUCAAGAGAAGAGUGCCACUGAUUUACCGGAAACGAGACCUGAAGCCUCUACUGAUUCUUCGAUGGAGUCUAGGAAGAAGGGCGAAAGGUCGCCGGAGGUCAGGGGUCGAAAUCUGUCUGACAAGUCACAGGAGCUACCGGAGAAAGACGACGUUCUGCCUAUAAUGCAUCUGUACAAUACUUCGAACAUUUUCAAUGGCACCGGCCCGGUGAACUCGAUUUCCCGCGGCACGGAACGGCGAACAGAGCUUCCGGUGAUCGCGAAUACAAAAACCACCGAGAGAGUUAAUAACACGGUUAACGAAUCCGUCCCGAGGAAUCACGACUCGUCGAAUUCCACUCGUAUUCCCGAAACGAGACGACAGGAGGACAAUCGGAAUGACACCAGUACGCAGGUUCCGCCGACGGGUCCUGGUAGAGGAUCUCCGGGCAAUCGGACCCGGCACAGGCCCGCGUAUCAUCACGCGGUACUUCCGGAGUAUAAUUCAUCGGUGUAUUCAGCCGAGUUGAACAGGACGUUCUUUGAAGCUGGGCUGAUCUCGGUCAGUCCGAGGGAGUCGGUGAACAUCAGUGAAGUGAUUUCCAAGCGACACGAUGGCGACGCUAUCGCGUCACAGGAGACCGUAGCUGUUGUCAGUUAUAUUCUAGCAACGUUGCUGGUGUUCCCUAUUGCUGUUGGCGUGGGGCUAAUUCUUAGAAGACUGAUACUUAGGAAUCGUAAGGUGCUCGAGGAGUCCGACACAUCGUCGGAGAUAAGCUGCCGGAAGGACGCGCUGAAUCUUGAGAAUGGAGACUUCAAAACGUCCAUCGAAAAGGCAAUCACGAAACUACCGAGGAUACAACACCUGGUAAAUAACGAAAAUAAGCCACGAACACCGACUUCUGAUUUCCUUUUAAAAAUAACUCCUAAUAAAAAUUAAUGCCUUACGUUCAUUCGACACUACGUUAAUUUUUGUCAGGUCUGGAAGGCUGAAGCCGAUGACUUGACAGGACACCAAGGGACGACACGAUUGGUGGCUGUCAAAACCGUCAAGGAAGGUGCUUCCGAUCGAGAGAAGGAGGAUCUUGUUAGGGAACUGGAGAUCAUGCAACAGCUUGGCAGUCAUCCAAACGUUGUCACGCUCCUAGGCUGCUGCACAGAGCAAGAGCCUCAUUAUCUGAUAUUGGAGUACGUGAUGUACGGGAAGCUGUUGGCGUACCUUCGUGAUCAUCGGACCAGGCAAGAUUUCUAUAACUUCAGCGAGGACUCAGCCGCCCUCACCUCCAGGGACCUCACAGUCUUCGCCUACUGCGUCGCCAGGGGGAUGGAGUAUCUGGCAUCCAAGAAGAUCAUCCAUCGGGACCUCGCAGCGAGGAACGUGCUUGUGGACCAUAACAAGCUCUGCAAGAUCGCCGAUUUCGGCAUGUCGAGAUUCGCCAACGAGGACGGCGAGGUGAUUGAAACGAGGCACGGGAGGAACGCGUUACCCAUUAGGUGGAUGGCGCCCGAAUCGUUGAUAUACUCACUGUUCACCACGAAGACCGACGUUUGGAGCUUCGGGAUCCUCAUGUGGGAGAUCGUCACUCUAGGUUCGACACCGUACCCGGACAUGACGGCGAGGGAAGUGAUGCGGAACGUGCAGAACGGUUAUCGCCUGGAGAGACCGUCGCACUGCCGUAGCGAGCUGUUCAGGGUGAUAUCCCGAUGUUGGCACGCCGAUCCAGACCGCAGGUCGGAAUUCCAAGCACUGAGGAGGGACCUCGCGCAGCUGUUGGAAGACAACAUGAACGGACACUACGUAGACCUCGAGAGCUUCGCUUCCGAGAGCACAGAUUGACCUUCCCUUUACGUCUCUCUGCAAAAUUGCUCUUAUAACAGUCGAUGAUCGAUCAUCUAAGUUCUAGAUUAUUAAACUGUGAGCGAUUUUGAGGGAUUGGGAGAGGAAUUAAAUUAGGAAUAGGUAGGAUUGCAAAUCUAGGCCUGACCUACUUUUUACACUAAACAAAAACCACUGUAGGUGUCAGGGUUGGUUCCCUGUAACUGAAAGCAUAGACGCAAACAAAUAUUGUGAGAUUUUAAAAAGAAUUUAUCAUUAUACUAAAAACUGUGGUUUUUAUACGUCGCAUUCAGCGUUGCGUUCGAGGAUUUGUAGGGACAGAGAGUUAAGCAUGAGAAUUAGGAAUGAUUAGAACGAAGGCAACGUUGAUUGCAAUUAAUGUUGCAUUAAUCUACUAAAUAGGUUCUUAUAGAACUGUGCUCAAAGGGAUCAGAAUCCGUCCGUGAUCGCAAAUUAUACGUACUUGAAACGAACAAACGUAAAGUAGAUCCUGUUUUCCAUCCGAGUUUUCGGAAUAGGUGCUCACGAAAUAAGAAUGCUAAUAUUUGCCAAGCCUCGUGAAAUGAGCAAACAUUUAUUGACCACAUAAGAAUCGACUGUGAAGUCAGUUUUUUCGAAACAGUGAAAUCAGAAUGAUCUAACAAUGCAAAUAUCGACGCACUCUGUACAGAGGAUAAACAGGCAUACUUUGUUCUUAUAAAAAUUAAGGGGUUCACGUUCUAUUUUCUACUUUUGUACCCCCCCUCAAGUAUUCGGUUUAGUAUUAUUAAGUACUUAGGGUAAAACUGCCUAACUUUUCUUUUUUAAUAUUUUUUUUUAGGCAGUUUUAAUUAACGUCCUUUCAUAUCAGUGUUUUCCAUUCAAUACAAUCAAAUGUUCGAUUAGAAAAGUAAAUACAAAAUAUUUUUAAUGUAAAUAAAUAACG